UUUUGUAUUCAAUCAUGCCAGUUGUCAAAUUACCCGAGGUUGUCAAAUCGACAGCCGACUCGGACGAAAACCACAUCGAUGUCGAUGAAAACAACGAAAAUAUAGUUCAGGGCAACAAAGGACUAGUCCUAGAUCGCAGCUAUGUUCUGAAGGGAUCCCAAGCUAUCCUAACUUACAUGCAGUCUGAGAAGUAUUUGAACCAGUUGCGUCCUUCGAGUAAACCAGACUUGUUGGCAUCCGAUAAAGAGCCUCAGAAAAUUAUGAUCAACUUCUCGCUGUGGACUGCGUUAAGUGGAAAAAAUCGAUAUUUUCCGGUUAGGAUGAAAGAGUUGCCUUUCCGUGUAACGCCCAGAGGAAUGCAUAAAAAAGUUUGCCUGAUUGUCCCAAACGUUGCAGGAAAAACAGCGGAAGAAACUACUACUUUUUUCAGAACAAUCGCGGAAAAAGUGAACAGUGACUUUGCCUACGAAGCAAUUACGUUUCAAGAACUGAAGACUAAAAUCGAAACAUUUGCUGAUAAAAGGAAAGUUCUGAAGGAUUUCGAUCUUUUUAUUGCCGAUGCUUCAUUGAGAGAUAUGAUUUUACAAAAGUUGGGAGUUGUUUUCAAAAGAGCAAAAAAGUUGCCGAUUGUCGCCAAGUUAUCGCGACCGGCUGAACUGAGAAAAAUACUAAACGGAACGCAUUUUUUUAUGCACAAUAACGCAACUGGUUUUUCUUACGCUAUAGGUCAUUCGGCUAUGAAAGCUGAAGAGCUGUGUGAAAAUGUGAUUGUUUCACUGAAUAAGCUAGUCAACAAAAUUGAAAACGGAUGGCGAAAUAUUAAAACAGUGGGCUUGAUUGGUCAUAAAACUGCUUUUAUACCGAUUUACGACAGCGCUGACGUUUCGAGUUUGGAAAGUUUGAAAGACAUUUAUGAAAUGUUCUCAAGUAAGCAAAUGGCAGCGGCAAAAGCUCUGAGAGGCGAAGAAAAUGCUCAAGAAGUCGCCAAACAUAAGGAAAUUGUUAAACAGGUUGAACAGAAUAAACAAGUAACGAAAAAGAAAUUUUCCAAGAUUUCGGAGCUGAAAUUGAAAAUGGCUUUAGGGACUAAGAACAAAAAGGCUGUGUUGAAAUCCAAGUUGGAGGCUAAGAAACAACCUGAAAAUGAAGACCUAGUCAAAAAAAUUCUUCAGGAAGGUGAUAAUAACAAGAAACCGGAAAAAUUCGAGCAAAACCAGAAAAAAGGCGUUUCAGACAGUACGGAACAAUUGAAAGAAAAAGAAAAAGGAAACCGGCCAAAAAUUGCCUCUGAAAAUGAUUCGAAUUCUGAAAUAGCGCAAAAGCAAUCGUCAAUCAGGAGCACAUCUGAUGUAGCUCUAAAGAAAAAACUGGACCGCAAAUUGAAACGCCAGUUACAAGAAAGUACAACUGACAGCGCUGAAAGUUUGACAGGGUUUGAUAAAUAUUCGAUGACGUCGCCACCUCCUAAAAAGAAGAAAAACAUAAAUGGUUCACCGAAACUGACAGGUCUUGAAAAACAUUUGUUCGAAGGCUCACCUCCUAAAAAUGUGAAAAAUCGGCAUACAUCUACAGGUCUGACAGGACGCGAAAAAUUCAUGUUCUCAAGUGAGGGUGGAACUUCGCAAAAAUUCGCUAAGAAGGAAAAUCGCGAGGAGCUUUCGGACGUUGAGAUUCCUGAUGAUUUCUUUGGAAGCGACGAAGACGCAGCAGAGGAAGCAAGAGAUAAAGUCGAUGUGAAGAAAGUUCCCAAAACUCCGGCUAGAAAAACUGUUGCUAAAAAGACUCGAAAUGCUUCUGUUGAUAAUGCUGAUGAUAUUCAGACCCCUUUGAGAAGGUCAGGAAGAAUUCACAGUUCGAAAGCUUAAUUUUUUCUAUUGUUU